AUGACUCUCAAGGGUGGCACCCGCCAAGCCUGCGCUGCAUGCAAGUACCAGAGGAGGCGGUGCCACGACUGCCCCUUAGCACCCUAUUUCCCUGCUGAUCAACCCAAAAUGUUCCAGAAUGCGCAUAGGCUAUUCGGGGUCAGCAACAUCCUAAAAUUACUAAAAGAGCUUGAUCCAUCUCAAAAAAAAGUUGCCAUGAAAUCUAUUAUUUAUCAAGCAAAUGCCCGCGACAAGCAUCCUGUCUAUGGAUGUGUCGCGGAGAUACAAAACUUAUUAUUUAACAUUCAACUCUACGAGGAGGAACUUCAAGCUGUUCAUGCACAAUUAGCAUUCUACAGACAGCAACAGCAACAACAACAACAAGAGAUCUCAACCACUACACUCAGUGAUUCUUUUUCCCAAAUCCAAUUGGGAAUGCCCCCUCCUGGUGUUGUUGCUGCUUCUCCAUCCACUAAUGGCGCUAAUGGAAAUGGAUUAACACUAUUCCAUCAAGAUGUGACUUCCCAAUAUAAUGCUGCUGUCAAUGCCGCAUUGCCUGUUCAAUCUUAUCCCUCGUACUUGAAUAACAACUAUGUUUCUUACAACAAUACUACCUUUGUGGACCCUAAAGAAAAUAAUGCAGUCACUUCGUUAUGGAUUCAACAAUCAUAUGGUAAUAACGUUUGUAAUAACAACACAAUGAUUAUGCAAUCUCAGUUAACACCUUCACAAACAAUUGUUGUCCCACAAGACGUCACUCAAGACUAUGAUGGGAUACACCCAUUUUUUGACCCUAUUGAUGGCAGACAAUCUUAUAUCGAUUCUAAAGAAGCAUAUGACUCAAGUUCAGAGUCAUCUCUGAAAGACACAAGACAGUCUGUGGAGCAUGUUGCUGAGAAUGAAUUAAAGAGUGCUGCAGCAUAUUUCACUCUUACCAGCAUCAACGGAUAG